AUGGAUGUUGCGUUAUGGCUGCUCUUUCUCCUCGCCUUCUUCUUAAAUUCUUCUCUCGCCGCUCCUCCUUCUUCGAGCCGUUACAUAAUUCAAGUGGAUGAGCCGAUUGAGUCGUUGAUGGAAUCGAGCCUAAAGAGAUGGCACGAGUCUUUCUUGCCGUCGGCCGCCGAGGAGUCAACCGUCGAUCGGCGACUGCUGCAUUCCUACAGCGACGUCUUCAGUGGUUUCGCCGCCAUUCUGACGGAGGAAGAACUGCAGACAGUGAGGAAGAAGAAGGGCUUUGUACGCUCAUUCCCCGACCGAGUGCUACGCGUGAUGACCACCCACACGCCGGAUUUCCUCGGGCUCAAAGUUGGGAAGAAGGGGCUGUGGGAAGACUCAAAGCUUGGAAGCGGAGUCAUCAUCGGAAUCCUCGACACCGGUGUGACUCCCGGCCACCCUUCCUACGACGACGAGGGGGUACCACCUCCACCCUCGAAGUGGAAGGGCUCGUGCGAGCUCGAGACCGGUUGCAACAACAAGCUCAUCGGCGCCAGGUCGAUGAUCUCCGGCGCGGGUCGGAGUCCUCCCAUUGACAAGAACGGCCACGGGACCCACACUUCCUCCACCGCCGCAGGUAACUUUGUCCGCAAUGUGAGCUACUACGGCUUUGCCAAAGGCACGGCUGCCGGAAUGGCCCCUAGGGCUCACCUUGCCAUCUACCAGACCUGCACCCGCUACGGCGUAUGUGGUACCGCAGACGUCCUUGCUGGGAUGGAUGCAGCUGUCAAGGAUGGCGUCGACAUCCUCUCUAUCUCUCUCAGCGGUGGUUCAAUGCCUCUAGACCAAGAUCCCAUCGCCAUUGGUUCGUUGGCGGCUGUCAGAAAAGGCAUCUUCGUCAGUUGCGCCGCCGGCAACACUGGACCUGACUUCUUCACCCUCUCCAACGCUGCACCAUGGAUCCUCACCGUAGCGGCCAGCAUCGUCGAUCGAAGCUUCAGGGCCUACGUGAAACUUCCCAACGGGAAGGUGAUUCCCGGAGAGUCUCUAGACCAGCCGAGCAACUUCACUAAAAGCUCUCUUCCACUAUACUACAACCCCCAUUCGCCAUACUGCCUCUUGAAUCCUCCCGAUGAUAGCCAUAGGGGCAGCAUUUGGGUCUGCGAGGCCGACGACCAAUUCGGUCUCCCAGUUGUGGCGGAUAUCGCCAAGUCCCACGGUGCCACGGCGAUAAUCUAUAUUUGCUUGAAGAUCGAAGGCGAUACCAUCAUGGUUAGUAAGCAGGACUACCCUGUAGUAAUGAUCGCCAACCGAUACGACUCCGACUUCAAAUCGUAUUUGAACUCGUCCUCUGACCCCUCCGCUUCAAUCGUCUUCGAUGGGACGGUUCUCGGCGAAUCCCCCGCCCCUGCUGUGGCUUUCUUCUCCUCCCGGGGGCCGUCGAAGGUGACGACGAACAUCCUCAAGCCAGACAUCGCAGGCCCAGGCCUUAACAUCUUCGCGGCCUGGAUUCCUUCUGCAGACUUUCCAGACUACAACAUCAUCUCUGGCACGUCCAUGGCGACACCUCACCUCAGCGGCAUCGCAGCGCUCUUAAAGGCAGCACACCCAACUUGGUCGCCAGCAGCUAUCAGGUCGGCAAUCAUCACCACGGCAGAUGCCAACGUCUACAACGAGUUGCUCGAGCCAGCAUUCUAUUGGGAUAAGGGCGCAGGACAGGUCAACCCUAACAAAGCUUCCGAACCCGGCCUUAUUUACGACAUCACCGCCGAUGACUAUAUCUCCUACAUCUGCGGCAAAUUCGGCAACGAAGGUGCCAAAAAAAUAGGGCGCGGAUUCGUGGAUUGCUCCAAGUUCAAGAACUUGACGGAAGCGGAGCUAAACUACCCAUCAAUUCUGCUAGCCCCCCAAGGCGGGGAGACGGUCAAGGUGAGGCGGACGGUCACGAAUGUCGGAUCGGCUAGAUCGAGCUACAAGGUGUCUGUGACCAUAUUAGACCCUGCCGCGUUAGCUACUGUCACUCCCGAGACGUUGACGUUCACUGAGCUGAACGAGCAAAAGUCAUUCGAUGUAAGUGCGAAAUGGACUGCCGGCAAACCUUCCCCUCUCAAUCAAUUCGUGGAGGGAAAGUUGACUUGGACCUCCGAUGAUGGUAAGUAUGUGGUGACGAGCCCCUUGGUUGUUUCCAUCUUCGAGUAUUGUUGUGGGCUUUUAAGUUAA